AUGACAAGUGCCAUUGUCGAACACCUUGCCAAUACGGGACAUACUGUGGAUGAAGAUGCUUUCAAGGUGAUCAACGGGGUUCCUCCUUAUCCAUCUAAGGCUGUUCACCAACAACAUUUAGCAACAGCUGAGGCAGUAGCCAUCCGUCUGUUUAACCCAUCACUUUGUUCCCAAAAACGAUUCGUUGAAGCACUUCAACUGCCAUGGCCACGAAGUGAAUUCAGUUGCAUGAUCGGAGCUGACUCUUUCCAUGACCCCUUGACCCUUGCGAUUGACACCGUACCCCAAACCGGUGGUGACUAA